GCCGUGCUCGGGGCUGCCCGCCUGGCGGGGCCCGGCCGGGGACGCAGCGAGGCCGCGCUCGGCCCCGCGGCCCCGCGCAGGCGCAGCGCUGGGGCGGAUGGCAGCGGCGGCGGCCGUGCCGGGCCCGGGGCCCGCGGAGCCGGCGGCGCCCGGGGAGGAGGCGGCGGCCGUGGGGCCGCAGGGCCCGGGUCCGGCCCGCCUGGCCCGGCUGCCGCUGGCGCGGGUGAAGGCGCUGGUGAAGGCGGACCCGGACGUCACCCUGGCCAGCCAGGAGGCCGUGUUCGUGCUGGCGCGGGCCACGGAGCUGUUUGUUGAAACCAUAGCCAAAGAUGCUUAUGUGUAUGCCCAGCAAGGAAAAAGGAAAACCCUGCAAAGAAAAGACCUGGAUAAUGCCAUUGAAGCUAUUGAUGAAUUUGCCUUUUUGGAAGGUACUUUGGACUGAGCUGGACAGAGACAGAGUCUCUGGAGAGACUGCAGAGGUGGUGUGAUAUGGAAAACAGGAUGCUGAGAGUUCAAAAAUAAUUCCUAGAAUUGAGACACUGAAAUUGAGACAUGGCAACCAUUUUGUAUAAAGUUGAAGUUGUUGUAAGUUCUUUAUUUAAAAUGCAUAUUUUUUCAUAACUGUUUUGUAUGUCCCUUCCCACGUGGCUGCCGUGCAGCUCUCUGCUCUGGCCAGGUUACACAGCAGUUACUCCCAGUAGCAGUCCCAGCCUCUCUGGAUACUCUGCAGCAUCAUGGAGCUGUGAAAAGAGAGUGGCUUGGCUCAGGUGCCCAGGCACAAGGAACUUUUUUAAUGGAAAUGUGGAUUUUGUUAAUAUGUUUGUCUCUAACACAAUUAAAGUGUUGUUGUUGUUCUUGCUGUUGAA